AUGAUUGCCGACCUUUUGGAUAUCCCACCGGAACAGGUCAAAGAACUCACCGCAACUAUUCAUCAAAGAACUCGUGGAAAUGUGUUCUUUGUGAUGCAGUGCCUCCUGUCCUUGACACAAAAGGGACUGCUCAAUUACAACAUGGGGUGUUGUCAAUGGAACUGGAAUCUGCAAGAUAUUCGGUUUGGAUCCACCGCCACCGACAAUGUGGUGGAUCUCAUGAGGGAAAAGUUGGAGCAGUCACCCACCCCUCGGAAGCUCCUUCCCUUGGCGGCCUGCAUUGGUACCACAUUUGAUGCCCAAGUGUUGCAGGCUGUCAUCACGGCUGCUGAUGACUACCCAAUUUUUUUGGAUGUACUCGGAAGUGUCUUUGCCUUGGAACAAAGCGACUUUGGGGGUGACAUUGACAACCAACUCCGCCAGCUUGAAAGUGAGGGAUUCAUUGAAGCUUCCUCGGCAACGAUGUUUUCGUUUUUGCACGACAAGGUUCUCGAAGGAAGCAUUUCACUCAUUCCAAAGGCAAAACUUGAUUACCUGAAAUACACCAUGGGAUACAUUCUCCUGGAGAACCAGGAACGUCUUGAGGCCCAAGGAGUGGAACAGUUGACCUUUCUCUUGGUCAAUCUCAUCAAUCCCCAAAUAGAGCGACUGCCGUCUGAGAAGCAAAUGGCGCUGUUUGAGUUGAACUGGGUUGCUGCCGAAGAGGCUUACGUCGCUGCAGCCUUUCGCCGUUCCGCAGCUGCCAUCUCACUGCUUCCUGAACAACAUUGGGAGACCAUGUACGAAGAGAGUCUCUAUCUGUACACUAUGGCAGCAGAGUCCGAAAUGUGCCUAGGCAACUACGAUCAAAUGAAGUCCUACAGCAAUGUUGUGCUGGCAUUGUUGGACUGUCCCAUUCAGGAUAAGAUUCAUGCUUACCGAAUCAUCAUGGAUGCACAUAUGGCAAACGCUGAAGUUCAGGAAGCUUUGAAUGAAAGCUUGAGUGUCCUGGGAAGUUUGAAGUUUCACUUUCCCAAGACUCUGCUUGGCCCACGGACGUCGGCGGCCGUGGCCAACAUUAGGCUCCACAAGAAAAAGUGGAUGCCCGAUUCCUUGCGGAGAUUGCCAGUGAGCACGGAUCCGGUGGAUGAAGCCAUCUCUAAAUUACAUGACAGUCUGAUCAUGUUUUCCUUGAUUACAUGGCCCGAGGCAUGGCCGCUUUGUAUCAUCAUGGCUUGCCGCCAUGUCAUCGAUCGUGGGCUGACACGAUAUUCUGCUGUUCCGUUUGCAUGGAUGACAGCGAUAAUUCAAAAUGUGUUUAUGGAUUUCCAGUGGGCCAAGGAACACGCCGAGGUGACCUGCUCUCUCAUGGACAAGUUUCAUAACCGAGAGAUUGAAUCGAGAAUUUCCUUGGUGCUCAAUAUUUUUACCACUCACUGGUCCGCACCAAUUCAGCAGUCCGGAAAGGCAUUGGCAAUUGGGUACAAAAGAGGCAUGGAGUGCUGUGACUUGGACAGUGCCUUCUGGAACGCCCACUUUAUCAACGAGUCGGCACUGUAUUCCGGAACCAACCUUGCGUUGAUUGAAAAGGACGUGGAAUCCUACGCCAAGAGCGAGAUGGACUACAAAAUGUUCAAGCACGCGGACUGUUUGAAGAGUGUUUGGCAAUUAGUUUUAAACCUCCGUGGCAGUUCAUCCAACACCACAAUCUUGACUGGCACAGCUCACGACGAAGAAGCGGCAUUGAAGAUGCUGGAAACCUCCAACGAUCUUCAUCACCUCUCCCAUUUGCAAAAGGAUAGGCUGUUUGCGGCUGCCUUCUUUGGUUAUUUUGAAAUGGCGGUGGACCUGGGUUUGUCCACCAUUGAUAUGAUUUGA